AUGUCAUAUCCUACGCGAUCUCUUUCGACUCAUAUGCGUGCCCAGAGUGGCAUUGGUGCCCCCUCCGGUCAGCAGUCUGCGCUCUCCGCUCGAAUCGAGGAAAAACGCGCGGAGCUGGAGCAUCUUAAGGAGCUCAAAGACCUCAGCGGAGCGGUCGCAUCGCAGAUGGAGGCUCUAGAGCAGAAGCUGUCCACGUUGACGGAUGGAACAGAAGCUAUCGCAGCCGUGAUUGGCAACUGGCACAACGUCUUGGGUGCUAUUAACAUGGCAUCGACAAAACUUGCAAAGCCAGCAUCUGCGCCCGUAAACGAAGACGAGCCCGAAGAUGACGGUCCACUCCCAGAGACGCUUGUACGAAUUCCUACAGAACACGCGCCGACGCUGCAUGCUCAAACAGAGAAUAUGGAAGCGGCAGCGGCUGAGGAUGCAUCUAUGGCAAGCCCAUGA